AUGGUGAAGAAAGAUCGAGCUGCCGAAAUGGAAUCACAAGACGUCGAUGAUAUUGUUGCGCAAACAUCUCGAGUUUUGGAGGAGUUAUUCAAGGCGUAUUCACGCCACUCCGAAUUCAUUCCAUCAGUACUUUGGUGUCUUCGAGUCUUGCUUACGGACGAGUCGUUCGAAGAAGAGUGCCAACAAGUGGUCAAGUCCAGCGUCGAUCGAUUGGCCGAAUUCUACUCAACGAAGCCUUUGUGGACACAGUAUAUGGUAAUCAAUGAGGUGGGAGGUCUAUUUUUUCUUCAAAAUCAGUGA